AUGAUACCAGGCACAUUCAUCUGUCACACACUCUAUGAAAUAAACAUGAUCGAUUAUGAAUAUUACUCCGUACUUCAUUUGCUUGAAGCACACGCACUAUCAAAACCUGAUAAUGUUUGCCUUUUAUAUCCUAAUUUUAAACCGCAACAACCAACAACAUAUGCUUCUGUUACGUUCAAACAAUUUAAUGAUAUGGCAAAUAAUCUUGCUAAAAUUCUUUCGAAAAAUUUUAAUGAAAAUGAACUGAAAUCGAAUAAUAAUUCAAUUAUUGUAUGUUUAUUAGCUAGUGGUAAUGUACAAUAUUUAUUAACUAUCUAUGCAUUAUUAAAAUUAAACAUUAUCGUUUUUCCACUAUCAAUACGAAAUUCUCAACCGGCUAUAGUACAUUUAAUUACAAAAACAAAUGCAUCAUAUUUGCUUUAUAGUCAACAAUAUUCAACUAUUGUUAAUGAUACUAUAAAAGAGUUAAAAGGUGUAAAAAUAGCUACAUUAGAUGAUGAAAUCGAUAUUCAAGAUCUACUCGUCAAGAACAACAAUGAUGAUAUUAAUUUGUCUAUUCAUAAGAAAGAAGAUCUUGAACGAAUCAAUGUUAUAUAUCACAGAGCAUUUCACUAUGAAUCUGUUGGGGGAAAUAUUGGUCUUGUAGCACCAGGAAAGUAG